UACUUGUGAUAAUUAUCAAAAAAUGCUACAGAAGACACAGAAAGAUAGAUAUCAAUAGAAAACGUAUUAAACGUUUAGUGCAUAUCAAAUUUGCACUUUAAUAUAUUAUUUUGUUAUUAUGCAAUAAUGAUAUUUUGACAAAAUAAAUUACAAACUAUAUAGAAAAAACAUGUGUGCUAUUACAAAUACAAGAUCUUGACAUCAAAAGGAAUAUAUUUUCAAAUAUAAAGAAAAUGGCUUGUGAUUUAUUUAUUUGGGGAUUACUAAUGUUUGGAUGCAGCAUACAAGCCUUGUUAGUUGCAUCUGAAGAUGAUCCAUUGGAAUAUAUGAGCAAAGAAGAACGGAAAGCAUUAAAAGAAGAAGCUAGAGAUAUGUUUUGUCAUGCAUACAAUGCUUAUAUGGAUAAUGCAUAUCCUGCUGAUGAAUUAAUGCCAUUAAGUUGUAAAGGAAGAUAUAGAGGAUCAGAACCAAAUAGAGGUGACAUAGAUUCUACAUUGGGAAAUUUUUCUCUUACAUUGGUUGAUACCUUAGAUACACUUGUGGUAUUAGGAGAUUUGGAAGAAUUUGAACAUGCAGUUAAACUUGUUGUCAGAGAUGUUAGCUUUGACACUGAUGUUAUUGUUUCUCUAUUUGAAACUAAUAUUAGAAUGCUUGGGGGUCUUUUAAGUGGUCAUAUAUUAGCAGAAUAUUUACAGCAAAGAGCUGAUAUAAUGCCAUGGUAUAGAGGUGAACUUUUAAAUUUAGCCAAAGAUUUGGGAUAUAGAUUUUUACCUGCAUUUAAUACAACUACAGGAAUACCCUAUGGCAGAAUAAAUUUAAAAUAUGGUAUGAAAGAUGUACCUUUAGAAGUAUCACGAGAAACAUGUACUGCUUGUGCAGGUAGUAUGAUUUUAGAAAUGGCAGCAUUAUCAAGAUUAACAGGAGAACCAAUUUUUGAAGAAAAAGCACAAAAAGCAAUGGAUGUUUUAUGGAGAAUGCGUCAUCGUGGUACUGAUUUAAUGGGGUCUGUGUUAAAUGUACAUUCCGGUGAUUGGGUAAGAAGAGAUUCUGGUGUAGGAGCAGGUAUAGACUCCUACUAUGAAUAUUGUCUUAAAGCAUAUAUUUUAUUAGGUGAUGAAAAAUAUCUUGGUCGUUUUAAUAAACAUUAUCAAGCUGUAAUGAAAUAUGUAAGCCAAGGACCAAUGUUAUUGGAUGUACAUAUGCAUAGACCAAAUACAAAUUCAAAAAAUUUUAUGGAUGCUUUAUUAGCCUUUUGGCCUGGUUUGCAGGUAUUAAAAGGCGAUAUUAAACCAGCUGUAGAAACACAUGAAAUGUUGUAUCAAGUUAUGCAGAGACAUAAUUUUAUACCAGAAGCAUUUACUACUGAUUUUCAGGUACAUUGGGGACAUCAUCCAUUAAGACCAGAAUUUCUAGAAUCAACAUAUUUCUUAUAUCGUGCUACUGGUGAUCAUUAUUAUUUAGGAGUUGGGCGUAAGGUACUCAAAAGUCUACAAACUUAUGCCAGAGUACCAUGUGGUUAUGCAGCUGUAUCAGAUGUUAGAACUAAUAAGCAUGAUGAUACAAUGGAUAGCUUCGUAUUAUCAGAAACUUUUAAAUAUUUAUUUCUGUUAUUUGCGGAGCCAGGCGAACUACUUUUAGAUUUGGAUGAAUUUAUUUUUACAACUGAGGGACACCUAUUACCAUUAACACUUGCUUCUAUAAGAACUAAUAUUUCUUCGCAAGAUUUUGAACGAGAUAUUGUACAUGUGGACGAAAUGGAUCGUACUUGUCCUAACAGUCUACAUUUAUUUCCUGCAUCAGUAAGACAACCUUUAAGAAACAUGGUAGAAGAUGUAUAUCCCAGACGUGCAAUAAAAAGAAGAUUGAAUGCUGCACAAUUUCAGGCAAAUAAUUUGGAACAUUUAAAAUUAUUGAGUGACAUGGGAAUAACAACUUUAACUUUGGCAGAUGGACGUGUGCAAUUAUUGCAUACAUUUUCUAAUGCAAAAACACCACAAGAUUCAGAAGAAGGAUUAUUAUUUAUGCAAGAAAUGGUUGAAAUAAGUAAAAUGCAAUCUCAACAAUCUGAUACUAAACCACAAGCUGUUACAUUUGUAAAACCAAACACAAAUCCACCUCAAAUAAUUACAUUAUUAGCUGGACCAGCGCAAUUUGGAUUAGAAUUACAAGGAUUGAACAAAGUAAUCGGAAAAGUUGUUUUUACAUUUCCAUCAACUGCAUGUACUGAUCUUCAUAAUGCAGAUAAACUGACAGGCAAAAUAGCAAUAAUAGGUCGGGGUAGUUGUAUGUUUAUUGAAAAGGCGAGACGCAUUCAACAAGCGGGUGCUGUUGCUGGAAUAGUAUUGGAUAAUAUAGAUGGUUCCAGCGCUGCAACUUCACCUAUAUUUGCAAUGUCAGGAGAUGGAAAAGAAGUAGAUGAUGUAGCUAUUCCAGUUGUAUUUUUGUUUAGUAUAGAGGCUUCUGAAUUAUUAAAAGCAAUUGCCAUGGCAAAUGGUGAUCUUACAGUUACUCUUGGAAAUUUUUUUUCAAAAGAAGAUGCUCAAUUGAAAGCACCUACUGAUUUAUCAAUGUUUGAACGAUUGAAGGGAUCAUUAAAAUCUUUUCUUACGCGACAAAUGACACCACAGACAUCUCCAAGCAGUGGGACAAAUUUGGACAUGGUUCCUGUGAUUAAACAUGAAGAAGAUGAUAAGGACAUAAUCUUUUUUUACAAUCUACGCGCUGAAAUUAUCAAAGAUGCACUUGGCGGGGAAGUAAGAAUUACGUCGUCUUACAUAUCUGUUCCACUCACGAAAGAAUCAGAGGAUAACACAUUAAUAGAAAAACAAUGGCGACAGAUGAAAGAAUUUUUUGUUAAUCAUAUAUAUUUUGAUGUUAAACAAAAGACAAGCUUACAAAUCAGAAGUUUUAUAUUAGAAAGUUAUUACAAUUGGAUAGUAAAGUCACGAAAUGGGGGUAAUAACAUAUUAAAAAUAUCUUUACGAGAUAAAGUUGCGUGGUUUUUAGAAGAAUUAGCUGUAGUCGUACCAAAUCCGUCCAUUAUGAAAAUGGACCAAUUAAUGGAUAUUAAUAAGCAAAAAUUAUUAAAACAAUAUUUAUUAACAAAAAUGGAUAUUAUGGUUUUAAAUAUGAAAACAGUCACAACAAUGUUAAAAACAAUACGGUCUGAGAAUCCAAAUACUGAACAAUUGUUCAAAAUUUUCGAAUUUAAUAUCGCGCAAGCUGGUAAUUAUAAGUUUUUAAAACAAUUGUUACCAGGUAUUUUUGACAUGGAAGAUGAAAUUAUAAGUGAACAUCUUGCUUUAUUAGAUCGUGUUCAUAAGAAAUAUCGUGAAAUAUUAACUGAUGGAGCAGAAGAAAAUUUAGAAAAAUCAAUAAUAGAUAAAAAUUUCUAUUAUGAUAUGAUAAUUGAUAAUUGGCAGGAUGAUUUGAAAAAUUUUGAAAAAUUGGAUGUAUUAAAGAAAAUUAAAAAUCAAGAUUCUACAAUUAUAGAUUUUAUGGUAGAUAAUGAAAGUAGUAAAACAGAAAUAAAAUCUAAAGACAUUUCUAAAAUGUCUAAGAAAAAUGAUGAUCUUAAAGUGGGAAAAUUUGAAGAUUUUGAAUAUUUUAUAUUAACAGAAAUAGAAAAAGCUAUGAAAAAUUCGGAACAAAAUAAUAUUCGAAAAUAUAAAGAACAUAUUGAAAUUUCAAGAGAUGUAACAGAUAACAUAAGUAAAGAAGCUGCUAAUUCAAAUAAAGUAAUUUUAAAUGUUUCUUCUCAAAAUCAAAGUAAAACUGAUACAUUAAAAAAUAGAAUAAAAUAUCAAAUUGAAUUUAUAAAAAAUAAAAUUAAAGAUCUUACAAAAAAUAUAGAUUCUUUAGCAGAUUUUACCAAAAUUACAAACUCUCUAGAAAAUGUACAAUCAAAUAAUAUGGAAUUUCAAGAAACAAUUACUAAUAAUAAUAGUGCUGAUGAACAAAUACAUAAAGAAUCCUUAUUAUCUGACAAUGAUUUUCAAGAAAAAAAUGCACAAAUAAAUACAAACAGUAGAACAAUAGACAAAGAUAAAAAUAAUGUAUUCCAAAAGAUUGGAAAAGAAAUAGUUAAUUUACAAUAUAAUCAGGAAAAUAAUCCAAAUUCUAUUCAUUUAAAUAAUUAUAAAAUUAUAUCCUCUAAACUGCCUAAAGAAUAUAAAAAUCAUAUAUCAACUUCUAAAGAAAAAGAUAAAGAUUUUAUUAAUGUUCCAAAAGAAUUUGAAACUAUCAAUACAAAUUACAAUUCUAUAGAUGAAAAUAAACUACAACAUAAUGAAAAACAUAUAAAUGAAUUUACAAAUAAGAAAGUUAAUGUACAGAAACACAAAAGCAAACAUAUCGAUGAUGAAUUAUAAUGAAAGUUUUUAAGUUUUAAAAUAUUAAUAUUGAAUAUUAAAUAAAAAGUUAAGUGCAAAUUUUUAAAUACAACAAGUUUGGCAAUUCUAAUCACACUGCAUCUAAUAUUUUUGCAUUAAAUUUAAACAUAUGCAGUGAACUUUAAUAUUUUAUACAUAUGAAAUUUAAUUUAGAAAAAUAUUAAUUAUCAAAUAAAAGAAAGUGAUACGAAUGACCAGAACAAUACUUUAAGUCUAUAGAACAGGUGCUUAUAAAAGAAUUCAAUUUUACUUUUUAGUCAAAUAAAUUAAUAAAAUUAUAAAAAAGCCGUAUAAUACAUAACAGUUUGCACAAAACAUUUAUCCUAAUGAGGUUGUGACCGAAUAUUCUGUUAAAAUUCUAAUGAAUGUAAAAUUUUAUAUGUACAAUUUAAACAUAUAUUUCUUGUGCACAUUACAGUAUAAUGUGACAGCAUAUUUUUUCAGAUAAAGAAUUUUUAAUUACUAUUAUACAUAUUUAGAAUUUUAUUUCUUUAUGUUUCUGUACUUCAAAUAUGUGCCAUGAUCGACAAUAUAAAUUAAUAUUUCAACAAAUAAUGAAUAUUAUGCUAUUCAUUUACAGUA